CUGUGCAAACAAAAAUGAUAAACCCUUUCUUUCCCUUAACCCUUCUCUCAUUCUAAAACCAUGAGAUCUCUUAAACCCUUGAAGAAAUUCUUCAUUUCAUCAACACAAACUCUAUUCAUAAACCCUAGUUCCAAACAAAGUCUCUCAAAUCCCAUUUCAACCUCAUUAUCAAUCAAACACUUCUCACAAAAAACUUCAAUCCCUAAAAAACAAGAAAGAGUAAGAGACCAUGGAUUUGAUGAUUACAUGGAAACUCACAAAAAGAUCAUCAAAAUACUCAAAUUCCAAACCAUAAUUCUAUCACAACCUAAUCAAACAAUCAACAUUGCUCGUCUCGACGCCCUUUCUCGGCGUAUUGGAUUCAAACAAUUUGAAGCAGGUACAUUUGUUCUUAAAUUUCCUCAUAUUUUCCAAGUUUAUGAACACCCAGUACAACGUAUACUAUACUGUCGUCUUACUAGAAAAGCGUUUGUACAAAUUGAACAAGAAAAACAAGCUGUGAAUGAGCAAAUUGAUGAUGCUGUCACUCGUCUUAGGAAAAUUUUGAUGUUGUCUAAUACUGGGAGAAUUCGGCUUGAGCAUAUUAGGAUUGCUAGGCUUGAUUUAGGGUUACCUGAGGACUUUGAGAUUUCGGUAGUGUUGAAAUAUCCACAGUAUUUUAGACUUUUUGAUGCUGAAGAUAGUAGGCAUAAGUAUAUUGAGAUUGUUAAGAAAGAGCCUUAUUUGGGGAUUUCUGCGAUUGAGAGGUUAAGGGAGAGGGAAUAUAGAGAAAGAGGUAUUGAUGCUGAGAAUAUAAGGUUUUCAUUUAUUGUGAAUUUUCCGCCGGGGUUUAAGAUAGGGAAAUAUUAUAAGAUUGCUGUAUGGAAAUGGCAAAGAUUACCUUAUUGGUCUCCGUAUGAGGAUAUAUCAGGUUAUGAUCUUCGAUCAUUGGAGGCGAAGAAGCGAAUGGAGAAACGGGCUGUUGCUAUGAUUCAUGAAUUGUUGUCGUUAACAGUAGAGAAGAAGCUUAGUUUGGAGAGAAUUGCGCAUUUUAGAACGCCAAUGGAUUUACCUAACAAGCUUAAGGAGUUUUUACUUCAGCAUCAGGGUAUAUUUUAUAUCUCAACAAGGGGGAAUCAGGGGAAGCUUCAUACUAUUUUUCUAAGAGAAGCUUAUAGAAAAGGGGAGCUUGUAGAGCCUAAUGAUUUAUACUUGGCUAGGAGAAAGUUGGCGGAGUUGAUAAUGUUGGGCGCUAGAAAGGCAAAUAUGAGCCGGGAAUUGGGCACCUUUAGGAGGGCUAGGGGAGAUGAUGAAACCAGGGGGAUUAGAACAGAGUUUGUUGAAACGAAUGGUGGAGGUCUCACGUCUGAAGACAAUGUGGUAAAAUAUGGGGAGGAAGAAGAAGAGGAAUUGAGCUUGAGCAAUAGUUUUGAUUGGGGGAGAGAUGGCGAUGAAGAAGAGGGCAAUACAGAUGGUGAUCAAGAAGAGGAUAGUGCCUGUUCGAGAUCAACUAGUGAUUCGGAAGAUGUUGAUAAUGACAGUGAUUUUGUAGGAUCCACUGAUUCAGAUGAUGCUCAUGCUAAGAGCGAGUGAAUGAGACACCUAUCUAUAUAGGUGUCGAAUGUUUCGGAAAGCAUACACCUUGGCCCGGAUUGUAUAAUUUUAUUGUGUCUGAGAUGUCCAACUGAGGAAAGAAAAAGGCUUCUUGGGAAUAGAUAAAUUUGAAGAGUGAUGUUUUCCUGUUGGGCACUUUCCUGCAUGAUCCUUACUGUGUGCCCAGGAGCUCCCAAAUACAGGUGGGGAAUUUCGCGAUAGAUGAAUCGAAUAAUUCGUUUAAUGCUACUUAUCCAAAUCGGUCAGAGUUGUAGUGUUUAGCAGAAAAGUUUGAGGAAUUUUGAGAGACAAUGUGGCGUGGCUAGAAGACUAAGCUGCCAGAGAUGCUGUGCUUGAAUUUCUAUCAGUUGAGAACAACAUAUAUUUCUGGAUUUGAAGCCUCCAGAAAGUGGGUUAGUGAAUUGGACUUGCCAGAUUCAGAAUAGAUAUACUGGGUUAAUGAACUAGAGUACUUGACAUACCAUAUUCACACAGUUUGCCAGUUCCCACCCUCUAAAUUUAUCUAUGUAUCUACCUUCAAUGGUCUAUUCGUCGAUAUAACCAUCAGU